AUGGCCUCAACACUCCGCCAAUCGCAGCUCGAAGACGCAUCUCCUGCUGGCCACUGCAAUAACGGCGAUCGCCGUUGGAAAGAGUAUGUUCCGCGAGCUAGGACGAGUCGGCAGUCCGAAGAGGCGCCCCUGGUCCAUAGUCCAGUUCAGUCCAGAAAGGCAGAGACGAAGACUAAGAGUAGGAUUUUGGAAAUCGAAGAGCAAGAAGAACCUCCCGCUACGGUGGACGGAGCUAAGCACCGUGAUUCAGUUCACAAGACAGAGAUGAAGCCCAACGUGAAUGCGAAGAAGACCAAGCGACAAGCACCGCCACUGCAAUCGUUCGGCCUGUACUUCACCGAAGUCACUGAAGCCCGCCAGAAAGCUCGGGGACUGGACUGGCCGCCUCAUGAGGACGAGACUCUCCCAAACACCAAAGAAGAGCGGAUAGCAGUUGUUCGUAAGCUCUUCACAGCUAUCCAAGACACCAGCGACAUCCAGGACAAGAUGUCGAGCCCCAUGCUCAAGAAGCGCUGGCUGGCAGAGAGUGCAGGAGAAUCGAGCAAAGACGUGGUUGGAAACGCUGGGGAGACAAAACGCACACAGAAGAUCGCUACCAAUACAGUGUACAAACCUUGGGUGAAAGAGCGUCUCUGCUGGGAUAUCUUGGUCAGUUUCGCUAUAGCAUACGCAAUUACCGGCGCUAACAUGAACAAGGAAACAACUGAACGCAUCUAUCGAGAAGGCGCAGGGUUCGUUUCGAUCCUGGAUCCUGUCAUGAUCGAUCGCUGCGAGAAAUCACGGAAGCUCACGUUCGAGGAGCGUAUCUCGAAACUUGUCGUAGUGUUGAAGUCCUACAAGAGCCGUGUCGACAAGCUGUUGCGUGGAGGAUGUGUCGAGGAGUACGUGUUAUGCCCGGAUACUCUUCUCCAGAUCAGCUCGAGCAACCGCCAACAGAACGACGAGCGUCAGAAAGACCUUACUGCUGGCCGAAAGCGCGAAGAUCGGCUCGUCAAGAAGCCCGGGAAGAAAAAGCAGAUUUUGGCGCCUACGCCAGCAACUAGUCGCAAGCGUACUCGCUACAGUUCCGAGGACGCGUCCGAUAUGGGGCCGCGCGACCUCAGCCAUCACUCGAAGUUUCCGAUGAUGCUGCGACUUCACGGCAGCAUCACUCCAAAGCUUGUCAUACCCGUUUUGCUGGUAGGUGGGUGGGCCACCGCUGUCACUUGCAUCUCGAAGCUUGUAUAUGACCUUGGAACCGACCAAGUCUUCAUCACCGUACUAGGCUUUGUCGUCAGUCUGGCCCUCAGCGUCCGCAGUUCUACCUCGAUGGACCGCUACUUCCAAGGUCGACAGCUUUGGGGGCGCCUCCGACUCGCAUCGCACAUCUUGGCUCGCCUGAUAUGGAUACACGCUGAAGAGAGGCAUGCUGCUGAUGCAGGGUUGGGGAAGCAAGAUCUGCUCGGCAAGGUCAGCUGCCUGAACCUAAUUGUGGCUUUCGCUGUCGCAGUGAAACAUAAAUUGCGGUUCGAGCCAGGAACGCAUUACGAGGAUCUGAAGCACCUGGUCGGUCAUUUGGAUACCUUUGCGCAGGCAGCGGAUAUGCCUGCGCCUGACCCUCCGAGCGCUUUCAGGCGGACUUGUCAGUUGCUCGGCAUGCCUAUGGCGACGCCCAACCCACGCAAACACGUCAAGCAAUCGCGCGUGCCUCUCGGUGACCUACCCCUUGAGAUUUUAUCUCACCUCUCUGCGUACAUGAAAGUUCUAUACGACAACGGCACGUUGAGAGACUACAGCAUCUAUCAAACCCAGACUUUGGAUUCGCUGACAAUCAUGGACGAGGUGUCGUGUGGCACGGAGAGAAUCCUGAACACACCGCUUCCACUUGCGUACUCCAUCGCCAUAUCCCAGGUCACAUGGCUGUAUAUCCUGUUGCUACCGUUCCAAUGCUACAACAGCUUAGGUUGGAUCACCAUCCCUGCAUGUGUGGUCGCAGCGUACAUCAUUCUGGGUAUCGCUUUCAUCGGCCGUGAGAUCGAAGACCCUUUCGGACACGACGUCAAUGACCUACCUCUGGAUGCCUUCUGCCAGCAAAUCCGCCAGGACCUUGACAUUAUCAUGUCACGCGCUGCGCCUCUCGUCAACGACUUUAUGGGUCGUGAAGAAAACAUGCCGCUGUAUCCCCUUUCAUAUCUGAGCACGAGAGCAUGGGCAAACAAGUCGCCAGAUGAGAUACAUGUCGCUUUGUCGCAGAAGGUAGGUCUCCAUCAUCCCAUGGUUGAACGCGGUGAGAACCCGGUGCCACCUACGCAAGGAAGACUAGCCGGCGUGGAUGGCUGGGUUGAGAAGGGUGGUUCAGGACCGAUUGACACAACAGGUCAUUACAGAAGGAAGUACGGAAGUGUUUAG